CACCUUUGGGGCCAAACGGCCGCGUUUUGGGGCCGUGGGGCUGGGGCUGACAGCGGUGGCCUUCGUCCCCCAGCUCAUCCUCUUCGGGCUCAGCAACCAGAUGGUGGUGACCUUCAAGGAGGAGAACACGGUGGCCUUCAAGCACCUCUUCCUCAAGGACUACGUGGACGGCGCCGACGACUCCUACGCCGUCUACACCCAGCGCGGCCUCUACGAGCGCGUCUUCUACGCCCUGGACAAGUACCUGGCCCUGCCCGGCGAGGCCCUGGGCCGCUACGCGUACGUCUGGGGACAUGGAGGUGGUUUGGGGUCAGAGGGGUGGUUUGGGAGGGGUGGUUUGGGGCCUGCUUGGGAUUCCCUGAAGGUGCUUCUCCAUCCCCCAGAUUGCCUGGGAGUGGAUCCCGAGGACCCCCAGCCCCCGGCGCUGGACGGCUCCUACAGGAACUUCACCCUCAAAUUCCACAAGCUCAUCAACGUCACCAUCCGGUUCCAGCUGAAGGCCAUCAACGUGCAGCCCGUGCUCAGCAACGACAUCCCCGACUGCUACACCUUCACCGUCACCAUCACCUUUGACAACCGCCCUCACAGCGGGCGGGUGCGGAUCCGCCUGGAGAACCACGCGGACAUCCGGGAGUGCAGGGACCCCGCCGUCUAUGGCAGAGGUGACAAUUCCUUCCGGCUGUUCUUCGACGUCGUCGUCAUCCUCGUGUGCUCCCUGUCCUUCAUCCUCUGCGCCCGCUCCAUCAUCCGCGGCCUCCUCCUGCAGCUCGUGCGUGGGGGACGGGGGGAGAGG